CUACAAUUGAGGCAUUCGGGGACUUGGUAUUCGUGAAUCCUUUGUCAAGACCACGCACACCCUCGGUGGCUCGCACGCUUGACCCCUCUCAGUGGAACAUCUACCAAAUUAACAUGGCCUCUCCCAAAUCACCCUCCCCUCCGCCAGUCGUCGCUGGCGAACAGCAGCCAGCGCAUAUUGAGGAGCUACAGCAGCUGUUCGCAUCCGUCACAAUCGACCAGGAUGACCAUGAACUGAUUGAAGCCCUCAAGACCCUGUCCAAAAAGGCCCCCAAGCUCGUCAAAUCGACCGAGUAUCAGGCACCUGCGAUUCCCAGCAUCUUCGUACGGAGCUGGAAGAUGAACGAAUUCAAGUACUAUGAUAUCCCCUCUCCCUUCCCAACCCUCGCGCGCGGUCUCUUCACGCAGGACGUCAAGAACGCGUCCGGGAAGACGAAGCAUCGGAUUGUCGCGCGAGGAUACGACAAGUUUUUCAAUAUCGGUGAGGUACCGUGGACAACGUGGGCUGCACUUGAGUCACACACAGCUCCUCCGUAUACCCUCACCCUCAAGUCAAAUGGAUGUAUCAUAUUCAUUGCCGCCCUCACGCCUACGAAGCUCCUCGUCACUUCCAAGCACUCUCUCGGACCUAGCCCAGGCAGCAGCGGCGCGAAGUCGCACGCGGAAGUCGGCGAGCGGUGGCUGCGAAAGCACCUCGCGGCAGCCGGCAAGACCGAGGAGCAGCUCGCGCAGACCCUAUGGGAGAAGAAUUGGACUGCAGUCGCUGAGCUCUGCGACGACUCCUUCGAGGAGCACGUCCUUCCCAUCAGCGCAGAAAAAACUGGCCUGCACCUGCACGGCCUCAACGCCUGCACGGGCGCGUUUCAAACGCAGCCCCAGCCCGUCGUCGACGCCUUCGCGCGCGAAUGGGGCUUCAUCCCCACCGCGUCCACCGUCCUCAACACCAUCCCCGAAGUGAAAGCUUUCACCGAGGAGAUCGCGCGCUUGGGUGAGUGGAACGGAGAGGCCCUCGAGGGCUUCGUCGUCCGCACGCACGUCACCGUCCCGCCCACCAGGGGCGAGAAGCCCGCGUCGCUCUCGCCCUACCCCGCGGGGUCGUCGUUCUUCUUCAAGGUCAAGUUCGACGAGCCCUAUCUGAUGUACCGCGACUGGCGCGAAGUAACGAGGACGCUGCUGGGCAGGGGCCCGAGCCCGGGGAACGUGCCGAAGGGGAAGCUGCGCCGCCCGGAGACGAAGCUGUACGUCGAGUGGGUGUGUGGCGAGAUCAAGCGCGACAGGAGCCAGUUCGAGGGCUUCAACAAGGGCAAGGGCAUCAUCGCGACGCGGGAGCGGUUCUUGAAGUGGAAGGAGAGCCACGAGGGGAAGAAGGCGGAGGUCGGGGCGGAGAAGGUGCCGGAGGAGACGGGCCUUGCGCAGGACGUGGAUCUGAUGAAGGGCAAGGUCAUUAUCAUGCCGGUAGCAGUCCCUGGCGUUGGUAAAACAACGAUCGCGGUCGCGCUCCAGCAUCUGUUCGGGUUCGGGCACAUUCAAAGCGACGACAUUUCGGCGAAGAAGGCCGCUCCGAUCUUUAUCAAGAACGUCGUCCAGGCUCUGAAGACGCACGACGUCGUUAUCGCUGAUAAGAACAAUCACCUGAAGCAGCACCGCGACCAGCUCCGCGAGGCCGCACAGAAGUUCAGCCCGCCCGCACGGCUCCUCGCUCUCGACUGGUCCUUCGACCUCCCGCUGUCCACGGUCCACCGGAUCUGCGGCGACCGCAUCGUCGCGCGCGGGGACAAGCACCAAUCGCUCCACGCCGAUUUAUCAGGCAAGUCGCACGAGGACGUGAUCUGGCAGUUCCUCAAGCGGGCCGAGGAGCUCCAGGACUCCGAGGCGGACGUCGUCGUCAGCAUGGACGUCGAGGAGCCGCUCGAGGACGCGCUGGCUCGGGCAGUCGGGGCGAUCGUGAAGUACCUCGGGAAGGAGCAGCCAGAUCCCGAGCGCAUGGGCCAGGCGCUGGCGGUUGCGCGCGCGUACGAACCGCGCAGCAGGGGCAAGAGGCGUGCAGAUAUCGGCGGAGGCGGCGGCGCAGGCAGGAAAGCAGCCAAGGACAGCGCCGAUAAGGCAGAGCAAGCGCAACCACCAGCGUCGAGCAAGAAGGCCGGCAAGGCAAAAAGCCCUCCGCGGUACUACGGCAUCCUCGCAGAAGUCGACCUGCAGGGCGUCGUCGGGCCCGCGAUCGAGGGCGCGGUGGGGAACCUACCUUCCGAGGCGCGCAAGUUCUGGGACGACCUCGUGCGCGAGGAGCGGGUGCAGAAGCGGCCGCACGUCACGGUCGUGCACUCCAAGUCGCUCCCGAAGGAGGGCGAGCUGUGGGAGCUGUGCCGUGCGGUCGACGCCCUGCCGCGCCCGCCGCUGUUCAGCUUCCGCCUGGAGCACGUCGUGUGGAGCGAGCGUAUCAUGGCGGCGACGGUGGUCGACCUCGCCGUCGCUGCAGACGACCCGGGGGAGGUAGACAAGGAGGCGGUGCAGUUCGUGCUCCACUUGCCAGACGAGGUGAAGCAGCGGCUGCAUAUCACGGUGGGGACGAGGGACAAGAACGUGCCGCCGGUGGAGGCGAGGGACCUAGUGACGGAGUGGAAGAGGGACGCCACGGCUCACCCAGGCGUGUGGGCGGUGCCCCUGAAGGACGUCUGGGUCAAAGGACGCGUCAAGGGCCUGCACAACUAGACGCGGUGCCGCCGACGGGGAGACUGCGCGCAUGGUCAGGGUCGAAGGUGGCUUUGGCCGAGAAUGGACGGUAUGGACAAGAUGAUGAACUACUGAAGGACCCCCGGCAAUAGGCCCAAAUGUAUGAUCCAAAAUCCUUGAAUCCGGCCAAAAUUGUCCGAUGGAUCAGGCCUUGUCUGAGGCCAAAUUCGUCCGGAUUUGACCAGGCCUCCCGAUUUUCGCUCAAAUUUGGCCGGACUCUGGAUCAGGCCAUCGGGAGGUCCAAAAUUAUCCGGAUUCGCUGGAUCAGGCCUCCUGAAAGCAGAUUUUCGUCGGGGACCGCUGUAACCAUGCUGAUAUUGACUACAGGUGUGGGAUAGCAUGCAGGAGAGGUCGUAGAUAGAGGUAUAAUGUAAGGACGCAAGGAGGGCACUCUAGAUGUCCGGCGCUACAUCCACCGAAGAGUGUACGAAGGG